CCCUUUAAGGGCCUGUGCUGGGCGUCCGUGGGGCCGCGUGCCCGGGAAGGGGAGAGGAGGGAGGAGUGUGCUCUGCCCCCACCCUCAGGCGGCGGCCCGGCCAAAGCCAGGGAGGGGGCUGUCUCCUCCUCUUCCCCAGCGGCUGCAGCUCGCUCGGCUCACAAGCCAGGGCCAGGUCAGCGCGGCUGCGACGACGACUCCGGCUCCUGCUUGAGAAGCGGAUCUGCUCCCGGCCACGGCGAUGCCAGGAGCGGCCGGGGUCUUUCUCCUGCUGCUGCUCCGGAGCCUCGGGGGCGGCCAGGCGCAGCGGCCCCAGCAGCCGCAGCCGCAGCCGCAGCGGCAGCCACAGGCGCAUCAGCAAAGAGGUUUAUUCCCUGCUGUCCUGAAUCUUGCGUCAAAUGCUCUCAUCACAACCAAUGCAACAUGUGGAGAAAAAGAACCUGAAAUGUAUUGCAAGUUGGUAGAGCAUGUCCCUGGGCAGCCUGUAAGGAAUCCACAAUGUCGAAUCUGCAAUCAAAAUAGCACCAAUCCAAACCAGAGACACCCGAUUACAAACGCUAUUGAUGGGAAGAACACUUGGUGGCAGAGUCCCAGUAUUAAGAAUGGAAUCGAAUACCAUUAUGUGACAAUUACGCUUGAUUUACAACAGGUCUUCCAGAUUGCAUAUGUAAUUGUAAAAGCAGCUAAUUCCCCUCGGCCUGGAAACUGGAUUUUGGAACGCUCGCUUGAUGACAUUGAAUACAAGCCCUGGCAGUAUCAUGCUGUGACGGAUACCGAGUGCCUAACCCUCUACAAUAUUUACCCCCGCACUGGCCCACCCUCGUAUGCCAAAGACGAUGAGGUUAUCUGCACUUCAUUUUAUUCCAAGAUACACCCCUUGGAAAAUGGAGAGAUUCACAUCUCUUUGAUCAAUGGGAGACCAAGUGCUGAUGAUCCUUCUCCUGAACUGCUGGAGUUUACCUCUGCUCGCUACAUCCGCCUAAGAUUUCAGAGGAUCCGCACCUUGAAUGCUGACUUGAUGAUGUUUGCACACAAAGACCCAAGAGAAAUUGACCCUAUUGUCACAAGAAGAUAUUACUACUCGGUCAAGGAUAUCUCAGUCGGAGGGAUGUGCAUCUGCUAUGGUCAUGCCAGGGCUUGUCCACUUGAUCCAGCGACAAAUAAAUCUCGCUGUGAGUGUGAGCAUAACACAUGUGGUGACAGCUGUGAUCAGUGCUGUCCAGGAUUCCAUCAGAAGCCUUGGAGAGCGGGCACUUUUCUGACGAGAACCGAGUGUGAAGCAUGCAAUUGCCAUGGAAAAGCUGAGGAAUGCUAUUAUGAUGAAGAAGUUGCCAGAAGAAACCUGAGUUUAAAUAUACAUGGAAAGUACAUUGGAGGGGGUGUGUGCAUUAAUUGUACCCAAAACACUGCUGGUAUAAAUUGUGAAACCUGUGUUGACGGCUUCUUCAGACCUAAAGGGGUGUCUCCCAAAUAUCCAAGACCAUGCCAGCCAUGCCACUGUGAUCCAGUUGGUUCCUUAAAUGAAGUCUGUGUCAAGGAUGAGAAACACGCGCGACGAGGUCUGGCUCCUGGAUCCUGUCAUUGCAAAACUGGCUUCGGAGGUGUGAGCUGUGAUCGGUGUGCCAGGGGCUACACUGGUUAUCCGGACUGCAAAUCCUGUAACUGCAGUGGCUCAGGGAGUACAAAUGAGGACCCCUGUUUCGGACCCUGUAACUGCAAGGAGAACGUUGAAGGAGGCGACUGCAGUCGUUGCAAAAUGGGUUUCUUCAAUUUGCAGGAAGCUAAUCCAAAAGGUUGUGAAGAGUGUUUCUGUUCAGGGGUUUCAGACAGAUGUCAGAGCUCCUACUGGACCUACGGCAACAUACAAGAUAUGAAUGGCUGGUACCUGACUGAUAUCUCUGGCCGCACACGAGUGGCUCCUCAGCGGGACAGCUUACAUUCACCAGAGCAGAUCAGCAUCAGUAACGCACAGGUCCGGCAAGCCCUGCCCAACAGCUACUACUGGAGUGCACCAGCUCCGUAUCUGGGGAACAAACUCCCAGCUGCAGGAGGACAGCUGACAUUUACCAUAUCCUACGACCUCGAGGAAGAAGAAGAAGAUAUAGAACGCAUUCUCCAGCUCAUGAUCAUCUUAGAGGGAAAUGACUUGAGAAUCAGCACAGCUCAAGAGGAAGUCUAUCUGCAACCAUCUGAAGAGCACGUUCAUACAUUGUUGCUUAAAGAAGAAUCGUUUGGCAGACAUGGCACACAUUUUCCAGUCAGUAGGAGAGAAUUUAUGACAGUGCUGGCCAAUGUAGAGAGAAUCCUCAUACAGAUCACAUACAGCUUUGUGAUGGAUGCCAUCUUCAGACUGAGCUCUGUUAACCUUGAAUCUGCCGUUCCCUAUCCUACUGAUGCAAAUGUCGCAGCAGCUGUGGAAGUCUGCCAGUGUCCACCAGGGUAUAGUGGCUCCUCGUGUGAAAAAAGGCACCAAGCUAAUAGUUCCUCUAAUCUCAUACCUGCAAGUAACACUAAGUCUUGUUGGCCUAGGCACAGAAGAGUUAAUGGCACUCUUUACGGUGGUAUCUGCGAACCAUGUCGGUGCUUUGGGCAUGCAGAAUCCUGCGAUGACAUCACAGCAGAAUGCCUGAACUGCAAGGAUCACACGGGUGGCCCAUACUGCGAUAAAUGUCUUCCUGGUUUCUAUGGUGAUCCUACUAAAGGAACCUCCGAGGACUGUCAGCCCUGUGCCUGUCCACUCAACAUUCCCUCCAACAACUUCAGCCCGACAUGCCAUUUAGACCGGAGUCUUGGACUCGUCUGUGACGCGUGCCCAGUCGGCUACACAGGACCACGCUGUGAGAGGUGUGCAGAAGGCUAUUUCGGACAACCUGCGGUACCUGGAGGAUCAUGUCAGCCAUGCCAAUGCAAUGACAACCUUGACUUCUCCAUCCCUGGCAGCUGUGACAGCUUGUCUGGCUCCUGUCUGAUAUGUAAGCCAGGUACAACAGGCCAGUACUGUGAGCGCUGUGCUGAUGGAUAUUUUGGAGACGCAGUUGAUGCAAAGAACUGUCAGCCUUGCCGCUGUAACGUCAAUGGCUCCUUCUCUGACGUCUGCCAUGCUCAGACUGGACAGUGCGAAUGCAGGCCCAACGUGCAGGGGCGGCGCUGUGAUGAAUGCAAGCCCAACACGUGGUGGGACCCAGAGAAGCGAUUCUGUGUGCCGUGUGCCUGCAAUCCCGUUGGCUCUGUGUCGCCGCAAUGUGACAAUACAGGAAGAUGUGUCUGUAAAUCAGGCUUCGUAGGGAGCCAGUGCAACCUCGGCAGGCAGGUGCACCGACAGGAGGAGCAGCCACGGAGACCCCAACGGGUGCUGGGGUCUCCCCAGAGGUGGGGUUCCAGCAGCUCCAGCGGGUGUCCGCGGGGAGCCUACCGCGCCCCAGCUCCGCGUGAAACCUUCGGCCUGCAAUCGGGAAGGGGCUGUGUUCCCUGCAACUGUAAUUCUUUCGGAUCUAAAUCAUUUGACUGUGAAGAGAGUGGACAGUGUUGGUGCCAGCCUGGAGUCACAGGGAAGAAAUGUGACCGCUGUGCCCAUGGAUAUUUCAACUUCCAAGAAGGAGGCUGCAUAGCCUGCGACUGUUCCCACCUGGGUAAUAAUUGUGACCCAAUAACUGGUCGAUGCAUUUGCCCUCCCAAUACCGUUGGAGAGAAAUGUUCUAAAUGUGCACCCAACACCUGGGGCCACAGCAUCAUCACUGGCUGUAAGGCUUGUAACUGCAGCGCAGUGGGGUCCUUGGAUUUCCAAUGCAACAUAAAUACCGGCCAAUGUAACUGUCAUCCAAAAUUCUCCGGUGCAAAGUGUGCAGAGUGCAAUCGAGGUCACUGGAACUACCCUCACUGCAGUCUCUGUGACUGCUUCCUGCCGGGGACAAAUGCUGCCACCUGUGAUCCAGAGACUCAAAAAUGCUCCUGCAGUGAUCAGACCGGGCAGUGCACGUGUAAGGUGAAUGUGGAAGGUGUCCACUGUGACAGGUGCCGGCCUGGCAAAUUCGGACUUGAUGCCAAGAAUCCACUUGGCUGCAGCAGCUGUUACUGCUUCGGCGCUACUACUCAGUGCUCUGAAGCAAAAGGACUGAUCCGGACGUGGGUGACCCUGACUGCGGAGCAGACCAUUCUGCCCCUGGUGGAUGAAGCCCUGCAGCACACAACGACCAAAGGCAUUGCUUUUCAGCAUCCAGAGAUUGUUGCCCACAUGGAUCUGGUGAGACAAGAUCUCCAUCUGGAGCCUUUCUAUUGGAAACUUCCCGAACAAUUUGAAGGGAAGAAGCUGAUGGCCUACGGGGGCAAGCUCAAGUACACGAUCUAUUUUGAGGCUCGCGAAGAGACAGGUUUCUCUACAUAUAAGCCUCAAGUAAUCAUUCGAGGUGGGACUCCUACGCAUGCUAGAAUUAUCAUCAGGCAUAUGGCUGCUCCUCUAAUUGGCCAGUUGACAAGGCAUGAAAUUGAAAUGACAGAGAAAGAAUGGAAAUAUUACGGUGAUGAUCCUCGAAUCAGUAGAACUGUGACCCGGGAAGACUUCUUGGACGUCCUCUAUGAUAUUCAUUAUAUUCUUAUCAAGGCUACUUAUGGAAACAUCAUGCGACAGAGCAGGAUUUCAGAAAUCUCAAUGGGGAUUGCUGAACCAGGACACAUCACAGCAGCAACUCCCCCAGCUCACUUGAUAGAAAAAUGUGACUGCCCCCCGGGCUAUUCUGGCUUGUCCUGUGAGACAUGCUUGCCAGGAUUUUAUCGACUGCGUUCUCAACCAGGUGGCCGCACCCCUGGUCCAACCCUGGGCACCUGUGUUCCAUGUCAGUGUAAUGGACAUAGCAGCCUGUGUGACCCAGAAACCUCCAUAUGCCAGAACUGUCAGCAUCACACUGCUGGUGAUUUCUGUGAGCGAUGUGCUCUUGGAUACUAUGGAAUUGUCAAGGGAUUGCCAAAUGACUGUCAGCAAUGUGCCUGCCCUCUGAUUUCUUCCAGCAACAAUUUCAGCCCUUCUUGUGUCAUGGAAGGCCUUGAUGAUUACCGCUGCACUGCUUGUCCUCGGGGCUAUGAAGGCCAGUACUGUGAAAGGUGUGCCCCUGGCUACACUGGCAGUCCCAGCAGCCCCGGAGGCUCCUGCCAAGAAUGUGAGUGUGACCCCUAUGGCUCACUGCCUGUGCCCUGUGACCCCGUCACAGGACUGUGCACGUGCCGCCCUGGAGCCACAGGCAGGAAGUGUGACGGCUGUGAGCACUGGCAUGCCCGCGAGAGCACGGAGUGUGUUUUUUGUGGAGAUGAAUGCACAGGCCUUCUGCUAGGGGACUUGGCUCGCCUGGAGCAGGCAGCCAUGAGCAUCAACCUCACCGGCCCACUGCCUGCCCCAUAUAAAAUGCUGUACAGUCUUGAAAAUACGACUCAGGAGCUAAAGCAUUUGCUCUCACCUCAGCAAGCCCCGGAGAGGCUCAUUGGGUUGGCAGAGGGCAAUCUGAACACACUUGUGAUGGAAAUGAAUGAGCUUCUGACCAGGGCUACCAAAGUGACAGCAGAUGGCGAGCAAACCGGACAGGAUGCUGAGAGGACCAACACAAGAGCCAAGUCCUUAGAAGAAUUCAUUAAGGAGCUCGCCCAGGAUGCAGAAGCUGUAAAUGAAAAAGCUGUAAAGCUGAAUGAAACUUUAGGAACUCAAGACAAGGCCUUUGAGAGAAAUUUGCAAGAGCUUCAGAAAGAGAUUGAUCAGAUGAUGAAAGAACUGAGGAGGAAAAAUCUAGACACCCAAAAGGAAGCUGCUGAGGAUGAGCUGGUAGCUGCAGAAGGUCUCCUGCAGAAAGUAAACAAGCUGUUGGCAGAGUCCAGGGGGAAAAACGAAGAGAUGGAGAAGAACCUCCGGGAAAAACUGGCUGACUACAAAAACAAAGUUGAUGACGCUUGGGCUCUGUUGGCAGAAGCUACAAACAAAAUCAGAGAAGCUGAUCGCUUAUCUGCUGCAAACCAGAAAAACAUGACUGCUUUGGAGAAGAAGAAGGAGGCUGUUGAAAGUGGCAAACGACAAAUUGAGAACACUUUGAAAGAGGGGAAUGACAUCCUCGUUGAAGCCAACCGUCUUGCAGAUGAAAUCAGCUCGGUCAUAGAUUAUGUUGAAGACAUUCAAACAAAAUUACCAUCGAUGUCUGAGGAGCUUAAAGAUAAAAUAGAUGGCCUCUCCCAAGAAAUAAAGGACAGGAAGCUUGCUGAGAAAGUGUCCCAGGCUGAGAGCCACGCGGCACAGUUGAAUGACUCAUCUGCCAUCCUUGAUGGAAUCCUUGAUGAGGCUAAAAACAUCUCCUUCAAUGCCACUGCUGCCUUCAAAGCUUACAGCAAUAUCAAGGACUAUAUUGAUGAGGCUGAGAAAGUUGCCAAAGAAGCCAAAGAUCUUGCACAGGAAGCUACAGCGCUGGCAACAAGUCCUCCAGGUUCAUUAAAGGAAGAUGCCAAAAGCUCUCUUCAGAAAAGCUUCAGGAUUCUUAACGAGGCCAAGAAGCUGGCACAGGAUGUCACAGAAAAUGAUGACCAUCUCAAGGGCUUGACCACCCGGCUAGAAAAUGCUGAUGCCAGAAAUGGGGAUCUCCUGAGAAGUCUGAAUGACACCUUGGGAAAGUUAUCAGCCAUCCCUAAUGACACAGCCGCCAAACUGCAAGCCGUGAAAGACAAAGCGAGAGAAGCCAACGACACGGCGAAAGACGUGCUGGCCCGGAUUAAAGAGCUCCACCAGAACCUCGAUGGUCUGAAGCAAAACUACCAACAGUUAGCAGACAGCGUAGCUCAAACGAACGCCGUGGUGAAAGAUCCUGCCAAGAACAUCGCAGAUGCAGGCGCUACUGUGAAAAGUCUAGAACAAGAAGCUGACCGGCUGAUAGACAAAAUCAAACCUAUCAAGGAACUUGAGGAUAACCUGAAGAAAAACAUCUCUGAAAUAAAGGAACUGAUAAACCAAGCCCGGAAACAAGCCAAUUCUAUCAAAGUAUCCGUGUCCUCGGGAGGUGACUGCAUUCGAACAUACAAGCCGGAAAUCAAGAAAGGAAGCUACAAUAAUAUUAUUAUCAAUGUCAAAACACCUGUUGCUGACAACCUCCUGUUUUAUCUGGGAAGUGCCAAAUUUAUUGACUUUCUGGCUAUAGAAAUGCGCAAAGGCAAAGUGAGCUUCCUUUGGGAUGUUGGAUCUGGAGUUGGGCGUGUGGAGUAUCCAGAUUUGACUAUUGAUGACUCAUAUUGGUACCGUAUUGAAGCAUCAAGGACGGGGAGAAACGGAUCUAUUUCUGUAAGAGCCCUGGAUGGACCCAAAGCCAGCAUUAUGCCCCGAACCUACCAUUCAGUGUCUCCUCCAGGGUAUACUAUUCUAGAUGUGGAUGCAAAUGCAAUGCUGUUUGUUGGUGGCUUAACUGGAAAAUUAAAGAAGGCUGACGCUGUGCGCGUGAUUACAUUCACUGGCUGCAUGGGAGAAACUUACUUUGACAGCAAACCUAUAGGGUUGUGGAAUUUCCGAGAAAUAGAAGGUGACUGCAAAGGAUGUACUGUCAGUCCUCAGGUGGAAGAUAGCGAGGGGACUAUUCAGUUUGAUGGAGAAGGUUAUGCGCUGGUCAGCCGCCCGAUUCGCUGGUACCCAAACAUCUCCACUGUCAUGUUCAAGUUCCGGACAUUUUCUUCAAGUGCUCUCCUGAUGUAUCUUGCCACACGAGACCUGAAAGAUUUCAUGAGUGUCGAGCUCACUGAUGGACACAUAAAAGUCAGCUAUGAUCUGGGUUCAGGAAUGGCUUCCGUUGUCAGCGGUCAAAACCAUAAUGAUGGGAAAUGGAAAUCAUUCACCUUGUCAAGAAUUCAAAAACAAGCCAACAUAUCAAUUGUAGAUAUAGACACUAACCAGGAGGAGAACUUAUCAACAUUUUCUACUGGAAACAACUUUGGUCUUGACCUGAAAGCAGAUGACAAAAUAUAUUUUGGUGGUCUGCCAACACUGAGAAAUUUAAGACCAGAAGUGAAUUUGAGGAAAUACUCUGGUUGCCUUAAGGACAUUGAAAUUUCAAGAACUCCAUACAAUAUACUCAGUAGCCCCGAUUAUGUUGGUGUUACCAAAGGAUGUUCACUGGAGAACGUUCACACAGUUAGUUUCUCCAAGCCUGGUUUCGUGGAGCUCUCCCCUGUGCCUAUCGAUGUAGGAACAGAAAUCAACCUGUCGUUCAGCACCAGGAACGAGUCUGGGAUCAUCCUCCUGGGAAGCGGAGGGGCACCUGCCCCACCCAGGAGAAAACGAAGGCAGACUGGACAGGCUUAUUAUGCGAUAUUCCUCAACAAAGGCCGCCUGGAAGUGCAUCUCUCCACCGGGGCACGCACCAUGAGGAAAAUUGUCAUCAAACCAGAGCCGGGUCUCUUUCAUGAUGGGAGAGAACAUUCCGUGCACGUGGAGAGAACGAGAGGCCUCUUUACUGUCCAAAUUGACGAAGACAGAAAGUAUAUGCAAAACCUGACGGCAGAACAGGCCAUUGAAGUUAAAAAGCUUUUUGUUGGCGGUGCACCACCAGAAUUUCAGCCUUCCCCACUCAGAAAUAUUCCUCCUUUUGAAGGCUGUGUAUGGAAUCUCGUUAUUAACUCUGUUCCCAUGGACUUUGCACAGCCCGUGUCCUUCAAAAAUGCAGAUAUUGGUCACUGUGCUCUUCAAAAACCUCCUGAACAUGAAAAUGGAGCAGUUCCAACUGAAAGAGUCACCCAGCCUGAGCCAGUUCCCACCUCAGCCUUCCCUACACCCACCCCAAUUUUGGCACAUGGUCCUUGUGCUGCAGAAUCAGCACCAGCUCUUUUGAUGGGGAGUAAGCAGUUUGGGCUUUCAAAAAACAGUCACAUCGCAAUCGCAUUUGAUGACACCAAAGUUAAAAACCGCCUCACAAUUGAGCUAGAAGUGCGAACUGAAGCUGAAUCAGGCUUGCUGUUUUACAUGGCUCGGAUCAAUCAUGCGGAUUUUGCUACAGUUCAGCUGAGAAAUGGAUUCCCCUACUUCAGUUAUGAUUUGGGCAGUGGGGACACCAGCACCAUGAUCCCCAGCAGAAUCAAUGAUGGCCAGUGGCACAAGAUCAAGAUCACGCGAGUUAAGCAAGAAGGAAUUCUUUCUGUAGAUGAUGCGUCUAACAGAACCAUCAGUCCCAAGAAAGCGGAUAUCCUGGAUGUUGUGGGGAUGCUCUACGUUGGUGGACUUCCCGUCAACUACACUACCCGCAGAAUUGGUCCAGUGACCUACAGCAUUGAUGGCUGCAUCAGGAAUCUUCACAUGGCAGAAGCCCCUGCUGACCUGGAGCAGCCAACUUCCAGCUUCCAUGUUGGGACAUGCUUUGCACAUGCUCAGAAGGGAACAUAUUUUGAUGGGACCGGUUACGCCAAAGCAGUUGGUGGAUUCAAAGUGGGAUUGGACCUUCUUGUAGAAUUUGAAUUCCGCACAACUAGAACCACCGGAGUUCUUCUGGGAAUCAGCAGUCAGAAAAUGGAUGGGAUGGGAAUUGAAAUGAUUGAUGAAAAGCUUAUGUUUCAUGUGGACAAUGGCGCUGGCCUAUUCACUGCUAUCUAUGAUGCGGGAAUCCCUGGGCAGUUGUGUGACGGACAAUGGCAUAAAGUCACUGCCAACAAGAUCAAACAUCGCAUUGAGCUCACGGUAGAUGGGAGCCGAGUGGAAGCCCAAAGCCCUAACCCUGCAUCUACCUCAGCUGACACAAAUGACCCUGUGUUUGUGGGAGGUUUCCCAGAUGGCCUCAACCAGUUUGGCCUGACCACCAACAUUCGGUUCCAAGGAUGCAUCCGGUCCCUGAGGCUCACCAAAGGCACUGGCAAACCACUGGAGGUUAAUUUUGCCAAGGCCCUGGAACUGAGGGGUGUUCAACCUGUGUCAUGCCCAGCCAAUUAACCAAAAUAAGUUUCCCCUCCAGAAGGGUCUAUCAAAGCAAGUAUAACAAGUACCAUAACUAUAUCUACCUAUGUAUGUAUUUUAAUAAAACUAAUUUGUGCACGUAGAUAGUCUUUCUGUACUCAGAUGGUGCUAAUUCACAAUCCUACACUGAAUUCUAAUUCAAAUCACUUCUCAAGUCUAUGAAUAUUAAAACAAUUAUUGCAUUCUCAAUAA